AUGCGAAUCGCCCUCGUUGUCGACACGCUCGCCGUGGCCGUCGCGACGGUGGAUGGCGCUGAUAAGGACAGCGAGGAAGCACGGAUGCUUCCGUUCUCUAGCAUCUUCGACCGUCUCGGUGAAAUGCCGAAAGCAGACCCGCUCUUGACUGAAAGCCUAGUCAAAAAUGCCGUCAGCACGGAUGCCUACAGUGGCCCACUAAGUAGUGACACGCGUGGCAUCAUCAAGAGAUUAGUAAGUAAGGAGGAGAAUGUCCUUUACUGGCAGAAGAAUGCUAGGGAGCUGCACGGUCUUUCUAUUUCUCCUAAACGCUUUGAAAUCCUCAAAGUGCUGGUGGCACAUCGCGAGCAGAAUUAUCGUCUGAAGGUAGAGCUACAUGCACAAAUAAAAGCCGCGGUCGCAACCGACCAGUUCAAGAACUGGUUCCAUCUCGUCACGUUGAAUCCGGCUGGGAAUUCUCCGCCCGGUAAGUAUAAGGCUAUAAGCGGUAAACUUGGCGUGCCGGAAGCUGCUGCUGUUAUCAUGAUGGCGCUAUUUGACGAGUCAAUAGUAAAACUAGAAGGUAAGGUUGUGCAGGAUGCAGAGUUUGACCACUGGUUUGAUCUCGAUAUCAAGUCGAAAGAAGACGUGCUUCAGCAUCUAUCUCCUUCUGCAGUGCUGGAUUUCAAGAUGCCUCUAUCGUGGUCUGAGUACAUCGCGGCUCAGUACAUGGUCCACUACAAGAAGAAGCUUGCAAAACUAUCGAGUCUUGCUGUCGUUGUACCCUAA